AUGUUUCUCCCUCCCUCAAUCUCACUCUCUCCGGUUCAAGUUUCAUACGAUAAGUGCAUGUGUAGGUUUCUAGGUGUUCGUGUAUCAUAUCCGUGUAUAAUAAUGUCGGAUGAAGAACCAGUUGACCAGAAGAAAUACUUUGAAGAUUUAUGCAAGCCCAAGUGUGUUAGAGCUUGGCUCGACUAUCAGGGAUGUGUGAAAAGGGUUCAAGCAGAUGAAACUGGCCACAAACAUUGCACUGGGCAAUACUUUGAUUACUGGCAGUGUGUGGACAAAUGUGUUGCACCCAGGCUAUUUGCAAAACUCAAGAUCACCCAUCCUGAAAUUGCUCUUUCCUCAGACACGCUUAAAUGUAGAGUACUUAUGGGAUUCACCAUCCUCACGGCUUUAACAACACAUUGUGAUAAGCUAGCCACUUUUCUUGCCAUUACAAUGAUUGUUCUCAUGGCGUUCACCAGUUCUGGAACGAUGGCUCAGGAGUUUGAGGCAGCACCAGCACCAUCUCCAUCAAUGCAGAGCGCUGGAAUUGCAUUGCAAGUUCCUGCUUUACUUGCAGCCAUCGUGUCUUUGGUGGCUUGCUUCUUCUAA